AUGCGAAGCGAAAACUACAAAAUGCAGCACAUGCACAAAAGUUCGGACGGGUCACGACGAUCAUAUCCUUACACUCCGCCGUUUGGAGAACUGGUAGACAGCGAUCCUUCGUUUGCCGAAAUGGAGAAGAUUGUCUGCGGAUCAAAUGGAAAACGACCACCAUUAGAGCCAUCAUGGACCAAUGGAAGCAAUGUCCAUCUGCAGAAGAUGGUCGGUUUGAUGGUAGACUGCUGGCAUCACUCCCCCCAUUGUCGCCACACAGCACUCAAGGUGAAAAUCGCUCUUGGUGAAGUAAUCGAAGAUCUGUUUGCGAUUCAGGAGCGCGAGGCAAAGGAGCGGAAUUCCAUGCCGGUGUCACGAGUAGUGGACGAAACGGAACGGCCACGGCCGUUUUCUGUGAGACCAGACCGAAUGCGUCAGCUUGCUACCACCUAG